GGACAAUCUCAGUUAACGCAAGAGCUUGCCAAGGGAGGACUCUGGGGACAGCCUCGAGAUCAAAGGGUUAACUAUAUCAAUAGUCAUAACGACGAAGACCAGGACAGCCCCUUCUGGACGGCUUAUAACAACACCGUCGCAUCGAUAGAGAUCGAUCUCUGGCUGUACGAGGACGGCAAAGGUAUCAAUACUUCUAGCUGUGCGCCGGAAGAGAUACCCGCAGAUCAAACCUUGUUGAUCGGACACGAUCUCAACGAUCUUGAUCCCCGACGGACGUUCAAGAAAGUCUACCUGGAUCCGAUCAUGUCGAUACUCAACGAGACUACUAGCCGACCGAAGCCGCAAGGACAACAUGGGUGGAACGGUAUAUUCACUGACAAGGGAGCACCAGGGGAGACUUUGUUGUUGACCAUCGACCUGAAAGAGAAUACCGACAAGAUAUGGGAGGCGCUCGUUAAAGAAUUCCAACCGCUAUUUGAUGCCGGUUUGUUGACUUCGUUCAGACGGAAAGAAGGCGCCACCGACCUGACCGACGGAUACGUCGAUAUCAAACCCUUGACGGUCAUCGGGACUGGCAAUACGCCUUACGGCAAAGUCAUCCCCAUGAAUCCGCGUUUCAUCUUCAAGGAUGGACCCCUGAUGAGCAUCGACGAGCCAAUCCCGAACAUAACCAAUUCUGUUUGGAAUGGGAACUCGGACGAUACGACCCCGAUCUAUUGGCACAACUCUAUCUCGCCGACCGCAUCGGAUUCGAUUGACAAGGUCUUGACGCUCGGGCUGACGGAAAGCUUGAAGACAGGUUACAGGACCGCAGCGAGGCUCGCCCACGACAUGGGUAUCCAGACCAGAUGGUGGGGUAUCGGAACGGCCCAGUUGUUCGAUGCCGCACUCCACUAUCAGAAGGAGAUCGGGGGUGACUGGUUGAACGCCGAUGAUUUGGCUGAGGCUGUUAAUUUC